AUGGAUGUUAGUAAAAUUUGUACCCGACGUUCAAGAAACACGAGUCGCAUAGUUUCAAUUCUGGGUCUCUUCGAACUGUCCGUCGGGGAUCACCCUAGAGCUGAUGGUAUGUCAGAGCUAACUGCCGCAAGGUUGGCAGUGGAUCAUGUGAAUAAAAGAGCUUUACUGCCUGGAUAUAAGUUACAUCUUAUUACUAAUGAUACCAAGUGCGAUCCAGGUGUUGGUGUAGACAGAUUCUUCCACGCCCUAUACACGGAAAGAGCGUCAAGACUAGUGAUGCUUCUCGGAACUGCCUGCUCUGAAGUCACUGAAAGCAUCGCUAAAAUUGUGCCGUAUUGGAAUAUUGUUCAGGUGUCAUUUGGCUCGACAUCACCAGCAUUGAGUGACCGUUCCGAGUUUCCGCUAUUCUGCAGAACUGUAGCACCUGACUCCUCGCACAACCCCGCAAGGAUAGCUUUUAUAAGACAAUUCGGCUGGGACACUGUGACGGCUUUCUCGCAAAACGAGGAAAUUUACUCUUUAGCUGUUAACGAACUUGUGACGCAGCUGGAGGCGGCGAAUAUUACUUGUGCAGCAUCUAUCACAUUCGCUGAAACGGACUUCAAGGAGCAGCUACAGCAACUGAAGAAACUGGACACGAGGAUCAUUAUAGGAAGUUUCUCACAGGAAAUGCUACCGAAAAUAUUUUGCGAGGCUUACCAACUGGGCAUGUUUGGAGCGGAGUACGCGUGGUUGGUGGCAGGAGCGCCACCCCGGAUUCGUGGUGUUGCACCAUGUGCCCGCGUUCAACUUGCCAGGGCGCUAGAAGGACUGGUUUCUGUCACCGCACAUCGAGGGAUCGUGGGUGAUAUGGUUUCUUAUUCUGGACUUACGAAUGAAAUGUUUCAUCGUGAAAUGUUAGGAGCUGGUGUACCAAUAUCUCCAUUCGCCCCACACACAUACGACGCAGUAUGGGCGAUCGCACUCGCCCUAAGUCGAGCCCAGGAGCUCUGGCGAAAAUCCAAAAGCAAUACUACUAAACUGGACUUAGAUCUCUUCGAUUAUGACAGGAAAGAUAUGGCGGAAGAAUUUCUGAAUCAGCUUGGGAGUCUAAAUUUUCUUGGUGUUUCGGGGCCGGUGUCCUUUAACGGAGCGGACCGGAUAGGCACGUCCGCAUUCUACCAAAUACAAGGUGGUCGGCCAAAAACGGUAGCAUUAUACACACAUGGCCGAGAAAUGAUAUGCCCAGAAUGCGCCAGACCUCAGUGGGCAGGGGGAAUCCCUGCUGCUAGAAGAGUCCUAGUAUUAAGAGUGGAUUCAGUCUGGGCUCCUGCUAGAUUGGCUGUUGCAGCGCUGUCAGCUGCUGGAGUGGCUCUAUCACUAGCGUUCUUGGCUUUCAACUUGCAUUAUAGUAAGCGAAGAUUUAUAAAGCUUUCAUCACCUCGAUUAAACAACAUGACGCUAAUAGGUUGCGUCCUGGUGUACACAGCAGUGGCCCUUUUGGGAGUCGAUAACGCUAUCCUACCUUCAUACAUACCCUUUUCUGCCAUGUGUACCGGUAGAGUGUACAUUCUGUCAGCUGGAUUUUCACUUGCUUUCGGAUCGAUGUUUGCUAAGACGUACAGGGUUCAUAGAAUAUUUAUAAGCAAUCGGAGUGGUGUAUGCAAAACUAAACUUUUACAAGAUACUCCUUUGAUAUCAUUAGUUUGUGCGCUUCUCGUAAUCGACGGAUUAAUAGUAACUUUGUGGGCCAUUCUUGACCCAAUGGAAAGGCAUUUGAAGAAUCUGACUGUUGAAAUUAGUUCUACUGACCGAAGUGUGGUUUACCAACCCCAGAUAGAAGUCUGUAAAUCACAAAAUACAACGGGUUGGUUGUGUGCCCUCUACGCGUACAAAGGUCUACUCCUAAUCGUUGGUGUUUACAUGGCUUGGGAGACAAGGAACGUUGAAAUAUCUGCCCUAAAUGAUUCUAAAUAUAUUGGAAUUAGUGUAUAUUCCGUUGUAAUUACGAGUGCGAGUGUGGUGGUCAUUGGAACGAUCAUUUCAGAAAGAGCUACUUUGGCGUACAUAACAAUAACAAGUUUGAUAUUAAUUGCAACAACUUCGACACUUUGUCUUCUGUUUUUGCCGAAAAUAAUUGCUAUAAGGAGUAAAGCUGAAGAUGAUCCCGUUAUACAAAGUAUGGGACUAAGACUCGAGUGUAAAACUAGAAGGUUCGUGACCGAUGAAACUCGUGAACUACAUUUUCGUAUCGAAAUACAAAACAAAGUUUAUAAAAGGGAAGUUGCCGCUUUAGAUCGAGAAAUUGGGAGGCUCGAAAAGUUAUUAGCCGAACCGUUGGACUUAGGAUCUAAUGCUUCUGCCGCUGAAACGGAACAAAGGACACCCAGCAUCAGCGGUGGUCUACCGAUGCUCCUCCUUUCCGUCCUACCUCCCGUCAUACCUCGAGCGAGCUGGCCCUCGGCUGAAGCUUGCAGAGGACGAAAUUCAGUUAGUUUCAGCUCUCAACCAAAAUUAAAUUAUAGAAAAUCUCAGCCCGCAAUCGAUUUAUAUAACCUUUGUCUAAAUAGACGCGAAGAAAACCAGGGUUUCCUAAGUAAAUUAAAAAGUUUCUUUGGCAGCAGAGCAUCAAGCAGAAAAGAAUCGACAAUUUCGAUAGCGGAUCCUACUGGACAAAGUAUUGCCGCUGCUUUAAAAUUGCAUGUAGGAAUGAUCGCUGGUCUUGUGCCUGGUAAUAGAAAGAACUCAAUGGUUUUGUCAUGUAACACAUUACACGUUCCACACCCAGAAAUGAAACUGCGAAGAGAAUCGUACGCACGAAGCGGUCCCAUUAUUCGUAUAACGGAUGAUGAACCGACUUGUUCACGAUAUGUCUCAGACAAGAGCAUAUCUUCCGGAACACAGAAAUACGUAGCUGAACCGGAAACUAAGGUUAAUUUCGUGUUACCGCCGAUCAACAAGAGGCCCAUGUCUCAACAGAGUUCGUGUGAAAGAAUUAAGGGCUCUCCAAGGUUUCCUCAUCGGAUAUCACCAACUGCUACCAGUUUGACAGCAUUGCAUGGUAAGAGAAAAACAAGCGCAGAUAGCGUGUUUCAUGUAUCUGAUGGUGGUUUUGACGAACAUCGAAGGUAUAGUCAUCAGAAUGUUUGCAAUCAAGAACGUAAAAUUAGCGUAGCUUUAGAAAAUAGAUGGAGGUCUACGGAGGAUGCACGGCCAGGUCCGUCGACGUCGAAUUGA